GUUUUGAGCAAAAAAAAAAGUAAGGAUCUUUAGAUCUGAACCGUAAUUGUUAGCAUAGACCGGGAAUUUUUGAAGUUUGGUAGUUAGUUUUUUGCUUUAAGUUCACGAGAUCAGAGGUUUGUGACAAGAUAAGUGUUGUUAAUGAGCUUCUCGGUCUGACCUCUGUGCCUGUCAAAAUUCAUUGUUGUCGGCAUUUCGGUGUGAGAAAUUUUGGGGUUUUGAUUUCGACAAUGGAGCAUUCGGCUGCAGUAUGGGAUUGUAGAGCUGCAACUGAGAUUACAAAGGAUUUGAAUGGAAUUGAUAAGAUUGUUCUUCGGAACCCUCGAGGAGCUUCGGCAAGGGUUAGCUUACAUGGAGGGCGGGUAACUUCAUGGAGAAAUGAACAAGGGGAAGAACUGCUGUUUAGCAGUAGUAAGGCGAAUUUUAAGCCCCCGAAAGCUGUGCGAGGAGGAAUCCCUAUUUGUUUCCCACAGUUCGGCAACUGCGGGUCGCUCGAGCAACAUGGAUUUGCAAGGAAUAAGAUUUGGACAAUUGAUGAAAAUCCUUCACCUCUGAGUCCAAAUGAUUCCCAUGGCAAAUCCUUCAUUGACCUGUUGCUUAAACCGUCUGAAGAAGAUCUCAAAUGCUGGCCACAUAGCUUUGAGUUUCGCCUGAGAGUAUCGCUUGCAGCAGAUGGAAGUCUGACAUUAUUAUCACGAAUUAGGAAUGUCAAUGGGAAGCCAUUUGGUUUCUCUUUUGCGUAUCAUACAUAUUUGUCAGUUUCCGACGUCAGUGAAGUGAGGAUUGAAGGGCUGGAGACACUUGACUACCUAGACAACCUUUGCCAAAAAGAACGUUUUACCGAGCAAGGAGAUGCUAUAACAUUUGAGUCCGAGGUGGAUCGAGUUUAUCUCAGUACUCCAAACGUAGUUGCGGUACUUGAUCACGAAAGGAAAAGAACGUAUGUUAUCAGGAAGGAGGGACUAUCCGAUGCCGUGGUAUGGAAUCCAUGGGAGAAGAAAUCAAAAUCAAUGGUAGAUCUUGGAGACGUAGACUACAAACAGAUGCUAUGCGUGAACGGAGCAGCAAUUGAGAAGCCGGUGACAUUGAAACCUGGUGAGGAGUGGACAGGGCGGUUAGAAGUGUCGGUUGUUGCAUCGACAUUGAGCAGUGAACAUUUUGAUUUGCAGACAAGCAAUGGGUUUUGAUUUUAGAAUGUAAUGGGUGUAGGACGUUUUUAGUACAGAUCCACAGCCACUGGUAGGACGUGUAGGAAUAGUUCAAUGUUAAUUAACAAAAAGCAAGGACAUGCUUUUUUAUGUUGGCAUUGAAUUGAGUGCAAGUAAACAAGUAGAAACCCUGAAAUUCUCAUU